UUUUUGUAAAUACAUAUACCUACUAUCAGUAAUGUUACGACCUGACAUUUUGUUUUAGCAGUGUCGUCUUUCUGUAAUAAAUUUAAAGCAUUCAGAGAAUAAUCAUAAUCUUAUAUUUUAAGAAGAGAAACUUCGUUGUUAUCCGUACAAAUUCAGUCAUGUGAGUGUUUUUGUUAAUGGAAAGAUUGUACCUACAUGGAAACCUUACCACCUAAUAUUAGAUUGGUCGAUUUUACUUAUUGCAGUAACUAGAAACCGAAAAUGUUGUGCCAGCGAUGCCAGCGGCACCUUCGUCACUGCGAAGGAGUCAAGUGUGGGCAGUGUGAGUCCCGGUUCCACUUGCGAUGCGUCAGCGAUGUCUCGAAGGACCAGCGCAACGCUGGCGACCGCGCAUAUCAGUGGAAGUGUGCUCUCUGCCAAAACUCCGAGGCGAAGCUCAACAUAGAAAACAUACUUACUAAAGAAGAUACCCUCUUGAACGCUAUUAAUGCCAUCAGCGAAAAGUUUGAACUUGUUAAUAAAAUUCAGCUACCAAAACUUAGCAACGAUUUACUACAGUUAAAGACCAUAGCUGAUAGCAUUGCUAAGCAAAACGAGGAUAUUCUGCGAAAAAUCGACGAGUAUGAAGCUAAAAAGAACAAAAAGGAGAAAAUUGCUACAGUGACACGAUCUGAAAGUUACAGGAAAAGAAAUUUUAAUUUAACAACAAGGAAUACAAAAUCGACGGAACAUAAUGACAACGUGCCCAUGUUACUGAAUCCAGAGAAGACUGUGCGGUAUAGGCCUCGGAGGAGGUCAUACAUGUUGAAUAAAAUGUUCAAUUUGUUGAAUCGAAAGUUAAAGAAAACUACCACACCGAGAAAGAAAAUUUGACGAAAUAAACUUUUUUCAGCCUAUUCAAUUUUAUUAUCUUAACAUUUUACUAUCAUUAUCGUUUAUUUAGAUAUUUUUUAUCAGUUUCAUAACAUUUAUUCAAGCACUUAUUGAAAUUCAAUAUAUCGAUUGUUGUGUACCUAAACGAUAAGAUUACAAAUUUUGAUUUAUAAUUUUUUCGAAUAGUUAAUUGAUUCUUAAGCUAUAGAUUCUGUGGCUCAAAUUUAACCAUAACAUCGACUGCAGCAGUCGAUAUAGCAGCUAUUCAGCCAACUAUAUCGUAUUAAGAGUGGGUUAUAUGGACAUACUUUAGAAAGUUGUUGUUUUUACAGCAGAAUCACCUGCUCUUAAUACCUACAUGCUUAUGCGUAAUUAAUAGAAAAGUGCUUACAUAAUUGUCUGGAGGUAAUGGUUUGCGCAAUGUAAUUUGGAGGUUAACUAAUUAAGUGUGACCCUUAAGUAUACUUGUGAGUGAUAAAUAGCUUUUACUUUCUUGUC